AUGUUUUCCUCUCUGAAAAGCAGCUUUACCUCGAACAUAUCGAGCAAUUACUCAAUCUCGACAAGUGUAACUUCAACGGCCGGCCCGUGGAAGAUAUACGAUGCCACAUCAAAGAAGACCAAGAAGUCUUAUUCUGUCUUUGUCUUCGAUAGGAAAUCACUCGAUUCCCAUGGCAACUCCUUGGGCCGAUCGAGCGCGAGUGCUUUCAAGAGAGCCACAGAAGAAGUCGUCGAGCGGCUGAAAAAGGAAGUUUCGUGUCUUGCGAGGCUGCGGCAUCCCAGCGUACUGGAAUUGGUUGAACCGGUUGAAGAGACAAGAGGUGGCGGCUUGCAAUUCGUGACUGAAGCUGUGACCGCAUCUUUAAGCGCUCUACUUGCAGAAAAGGAUGACCAAGAAAGAGCCGGAGGCAUCAACGGGCGCCCCAGCCGCUAUGUUACAGAGUCCCCCGAUGGAACCAGGCGCAGAAGAGAGCUCGAAAUUGAUGAAUUGGAGAUACAAAAGGGACUGCUGCAAGUUAGCAAGGCCCUCGAGUUCCUCCAUGAAAAUGCUGGUCUGGCACAUGGAAACUUGACGCCUGAUGCCAUUUUGGUCAACGCCAAGUCAGACUGGAAGAUCAGUGGUCUCGCGUUUUGCAGUCCACCAGAAGGCUCGACCAAGCCCACUUCAGUACAGGCCAUCAGCCUGUCCGAAGCCCUUAACCUGGAUCCUCGCCUUCCCAAAUAUGUGCAACUUAAUCUCGACUAUACUUCACCAGACUUUGUUCUAGACAAUAACCUCACCACGUCUGCCGACAUGUUCUCACUUGGUCUCUUGUGCGUUGCUUUAUAUAAUUCGCCACACCAGUCCCCAAUCGAGUGUCACUCGAGCGUAUCGACGUACAAACGGGCUUUCAGCUCGUCUUCGACAGUGCCAUCAGCUUCAAAUAACUUUUUGUCGAAAAGACCCCUUCCAAGAGAGCUUGCAAACUAUGUUUUGCCACGGCUUAUCACGCGGAGGCCUGCUCAACGCAUGACUGCCAAGGAGUUCCAGGACAGCGAAUAUUUUGACAAUAUUCUAGUUUCAACGAUCAGGUUCUUGGAUACGUUUCCGGCAAAAACACCAGGUGAAAAACAGUCAUUUAUGAAAGGACUGAACAAAGUCUUGCCUUCUUUUCCCAAAUCAGUCAUGGAGAGGAAGCUUUUGCCUGCCUUGAUAGAAGAACUCAAGGACAGGGAUCUCCUGUCACUUAUCCUGCAAAAUAUCUUCAAGAUCGUUGAACUACUCCCAUCUGGUAAAAGGCCCUUUAGCGACUUGGUAAGGCCAAAGCUCAAAGAGAUAUUUGUGACGAAUGUCAAAAAGGAGCAAGCCCAGGAAAAAGACCCGGCUCGCGAUGCAGGUCUCAUGAUGGUGCUUGAAAAUACUGACAUUAUUGCUGCCAACUGCUCUGGCAAAGAGUUCAAAGACGACAUUCUGCCAAUCCUCAUGACGGCCGUUGAGUCCCCAACACCAGCUCUGGUUGACGUGGCCAUGCGCGGGCUGCCUGCAAUUUUACCAAUCCUGGAUUUUAGCACCAUCAAGAACGAGCUCUUCCCAGUCAUCGCAACAGUUUUUAGUAGGACAAACAGUCUUGCUAUCAAAGUGCGGGGACUGCAGGCUUUUGUCAUCCUGUGUGGUGGCUCAGCCCAUCCAGAGAAUGAAAGCGACGGCCUGGAUGGUUUCAGCGGCGAAAGAAAGAAGAAAACCUCGUCUUCUAGCGCCCUUGACAAGUACACAAUGCAAGAGAAGAUUGUACCACUGAUCAAAGCAAUCAAGACGAAAGAGCCUGCCGUGAUGGUGGCAGCUCUCAAUGUUUUGAGAGUGAUAGGCGAUGUUGCCGAUGCAGAGUUUGUGGCAAUGGAUAUUCUGCCAAUCCUCUGGAACAUGAGCUUAGGACCGUUGCUCGACUUGAAGCAAUUCCAGACUUUUAUGGAAUUAAUCAAGUCUCUCUCCAAGAGAGUUGAGGAUGAGCAGACCAAGAAACUUCAAGAACUUUCUGCAGGCAGCACAAGUACCAAACCUUUGGAGAGUGAGGAUUUCAUGGCAUUCGGAGGCAUCACAGGGACGCAGUUCGACUCGAGCACCAACGGCGCUUCUGCCGACGAUUUUGAGCGUUUGGUAAAGGGAAGAGUUACUGUUGGCCAAGACUCGAGCAAUCCCAUGGACUCUAGUGGCUGGGAGUCCGGGCCAUCGCGGGCAACAUCACCGCCGGCCAAGUCCACAACUCCUGCCUUUUCGUGGUCGACGCCAAGUCCUACGGCAACGGCAGCAGCAGCCCCAACAAGCGGCUUUGCUCCGCCAAAGCCUCAGUCUUCGUUCAGAACCGUCACUCCUGAUCUGGCCAAUAUCCAGCCCCUCUCACCCUCUUCGACUCAAUUUUCCCAACCGCUUCAGCCUUCUAGUACCAUGAGCCCAGCUUCAGCAGCACCCGCCAAUCCAUGGGCCUCAACGACACCGGCAGCUACUGCAGCAUCCAACCCAUGGGCUUCAUCUUCAACAAUGACGGCAAACGCAAUGUCACCGCCGUCCAUGUCCAUGGCUGGCAUGGGCCUGAACCAGCAGCGUCCCGCCUUGCAAUCCAGUCUCUCAUCCUUUUCGUUGGCACCGCCACCAAGCGCGGGCACGCCAUCCUCAUCGUCCAGCUUUAGUCUGCCGAAACCCCCAGGGGCUUCGCCAAUGGGCGGCCAGACCCCAUCGUUUGGUCAAUCCGCAAGCUUUGGCGGCAUGAGCAGCAACACAAUGGCUGGCAUGAACAGCAUGAACAAUAGCAUGGGCGGCGGCGGCAUGAUGAAUAGCAUGAACAGUAUGAACAGCAUGAACAACAUGAUGGCGCCAAUCAAGCCCAUGGGCACGGGUGGUAGCAUGGGAGGUAUGAGCAUGAACUCCAUGAACAGCAUGAAUAAGAUGGGCGGCAUGGGCAUGGGCAUGAACAUGGGUGGUCUACAACAACCAGCGCAGCAGCAACAACAGCAGAAGCCACCCGGUGCCACUUUGGACAAAUACGAAAGUCUCUUGUAG